CCGAAACUCCGUAAUGACGUCAGAGAAAACUCCUUUCUCAGACCGAGGUUAUUUUUAGAAAGUUUCUUUUCUCGUGUCGCUUUCUUGUUAAAAACCCUUCAAAAUGCCGAAUAAAAAGAAGAAGUUUAUUGACAAAAAGAAUGCUGUUACAUUUCACUUGGUUCACAGAGGUCAGAGAGAUCCACUACAGGCUAGUGAAGAUGCUUCCCAGAGGGUUCUGCUGCCAGUUGGUGAAAAGGAACGUGAUUCAACAAGAAGAGAAGAACAAAAGAAGUAUGGUGUCUUCUUCGAUGAUGGCUACGACUAUCUGCAGCAUUUGAAAGAUGUCAAUGAAAUCAACGAUGUGGAGCCGAUUAUGGAACCUGCCUUUGUCAGGAGUAGAGAUGGCAGGCAGGAGGAGAAGACAGAUUCUGUAACAGAGGGGUUAUCAAAAUUACAGCUACCGUCGUCUGUGUUCGGUUCAGAGCUUGAAACAGAUGUUGGAAUGUUGAACAAGGCUGCGCCAACACCUGGACCUCGGCUCGACUGGGACCCGGAUGUAGUGGCAGCGCUUGAUGAUGAUUUUGAUUUCGAUAACCCAGACAAUGAGUUAGAUGAUGACUUUGUUGUAGCUGCUAAUAUGGAGGUUGAUGAAAGUGAGGGAAAGGAACGAAGGGUUCGUUUUGGCUCUGAUGCAGAUUCUGAUGAUGAUGACGAUAUACCAUCUGAUGAAGCAGACCUCUCCGAUGAUGAUGGUUAUUCGUUUGAAGAGGAAGAGACGAAAACACGGUUUACGAAUUAUUCUAUGACGUCCUCAGUCAUAAAGAGAAAUCAGGGGUUGACACUUUUGGAUGACAGGUUUGAAAAAGUCUAUGAACAGUAUGAUGAUGAUGAAAUAGGUGCUCUUGACCAUGAAGAAAUUGAUGGAAAUAUUCAGCCGGAGAGUAAAAUUUUGACGUCACUGAUGGAAGAAUUUGAACAAGGACAGCAGAGACCGACAUUAAAAGACAUGGUGGAGAAUGCAGAAGACAUUGAGGUCGAAGAGGAGGACUCCGAUGGUCUUGAGCACGAUCUUGUGAAAAUGGUUGUUCAGCCACCGGAGGAAAAGUGGGAUUGUGAAUCUAUAUUGAGUACAUAUUCUACUCUUUAUAAUCAUCCGACGACGAUAAAAGAACCGAAGAAGCCAAAAAAAAUUGUAGUUGACCCACGAACUGGUCUUCCUGAAACAAGCCCGCCAAUGCAAGUUCAAGGACUUACUGAAAAAGAAAUCCAGCAAGCUUUUACAGAAAAGGACAGAGCCGAUAAAGCCUCCACAUUUAGACCCAAGGAUGAAUCUGCUGAGGAGAAGAAAGAUAGAAAACAGGCUGUGAAAGAUGAAAGACGGGAACGACGGGCAGAGAAGAAGGCAACCAAACAGGCAUUCAAAGAUGAACAUCUCAAACAGCAGAAAGAACGACUAAAUGCACAUCGGACUGACUGCAUUCGAAUGUCAUGAUAGUACGGGAAAAUCAUAAUUGGAACAUAAUUUUGAACACUUGAUGAACAAGUCACUUUUUGCCUACUACUGUUGUGGUUUUCUGACAUUCAUGUUGUUUUGCAUCUUCAUUUGACAUGACCGUUUUGUCUGAUUCUUCAGGAAGGCUGGGAAUAGGGCUGCUGGAGUAGCACAGUGGAAAUAUCAGCGCCGAUCAACUCUGAGGUCCCAGUGUUGAAUUGUUGUCAAAUACUGAAUUUGAGAAGAUACAUUGUGCAAUGAAUUUUUUUGUAAGAUACAAAUAUUUGUUGCACAAGCCCAUAUACCGCCCUGUGCCAGGUUUGCAAGGGUUUUGUAAACCAUGUUGAAAUGCUUAAUAAAGCAAUAAAACCUAUGUAU